AUGAGCGAUGAUAGCUGGGACGACGAUGACCGCCGUCACGACUCUCGCCGAAAGACGAAAGAUCGAAGAGUGAAGAAUGAAAAGAACUUCCUCGAGACGUUGAUGGACUCAUCAAUCGAGAACAGCAUGAACAAGCCACUGUUCCAAGCUAUCAAGGUCUGGAUCGAUUGCAACAUAGGUAUAGACCUCACCUAUCUGGUUUGGGCUAUUGCUUUAUGCAUUCCCGCUCGCACAUACGGCAAGGCAACAUAUGACUGGCUCAGUUCGAACCUCACAAACUCACUCGAGCUCGACAGUAGCGAUGCGCUGGUCACCGACCUUUUGAUGUGGAUCAGCAAGCAACCAUCCAACCAGCUGUUUGCCUGGCUUCCGACUUUCGAACAUUUGGAGUGGAAAGAUUUGUCGCAUGAGCAAAAGACCGCCAACAAUGAUGAGAGCAACUCUCACCACCUCAUAGCUUCUGCUGGCUACACUCCUUUCUUCCACGAAGGCGUACCAUUCCUGCUGUACAAACCGGAUGGCCGAGGCUACGUUAACAAACUCACGUUACGCUGCAUGUGGGGCAGUAAAAAGCCCAUUGAAGCCUUGCUGAAAGCCGUUCAUAAGACUGUCAGCGGCCAGAUGACGUCCCUGGCUAAUGGAACGCCAUACCGAAGAGGCUAUUUGUUCUACGGGCCAGCUGGUACAGGCAAGACAAGCUUGUCUACAGCCAUUGCGAGCCACUACAAUCUGCCGCUUUGUGUCAUCGACCUUGCCGGCAUGGAUGAUACGACGCUGCAGAGGCAGGUGAAAAACCUGCCCGCUCGCUGCGUCAUCCUUUUUGAAGACAUUGAUGCCGCGGGCAUUGUCCGUGAACGCACCAUGGCGCCGCCGCCUUUAGAGAACGAUGACGAUAGUGAUGAGGAGGAGGAGGAGGAAGAAGAGGAGGAGGAGAGUAGUUCAGAGUCCAUAAGCUCAUGGAAUGCAAGGCCGAAGAAAAAGAAGCAUGGACCUGGAUCGCGAGAAGGCCACAUCGUCAUCCUGACAACAAACGCUCCAGAUUCACUGGACGAAGCUUUGUAUCGCCCAGGUCGUGUAGACACCCAAGUGUAUCUCGGUUUCGCUGAUGAUAUCACUGCUGGCAUCACAUUCACACGCAUCUUUGGCAGCGAUAAGCAGGUGACUGUGCCGCGGAAAGAGCUCAACCGCAUGGGCCGCCGCUUUGGGCGCAUGAUACCCUCCGACUUCUUUACUCCCGCUGAGAUUCAGAAAUUCUGCAUGAACAGACGUGGUCAGCCACAAAAGGCACUCAACGAGUUUCCCCAGUUCAUCGACGAAAAGCGAACGGGAAAGACGAACUUCCAGUACGACAUCCACCGACGUGCCCCGCAACCCACGUUUCAGAAGGAAGACGUACGGGACGAUGACUCCAGCGGUGAGGGUCAGGACACUCCGAGUAGUACUGAUGAGUCUGCCGAAGACGUCAAACAACUGAACCCUGAAUCGUCCCAUACAUCAUCAACGAAGUCGCCCUCUGCAGCACGGCGAAGGAAGUACGUGGUUGAGCAGCUGCACAUAACUCAUAGCAGUCACAAGUUUGAAGACGAUGCUUUGGCAUACGGCGAUUAUCAUCCGAGACGAGGUCAACAAGUUUGGGAGGACCGUCUAGCCGACAGUGUUGCUCAUGCGUGCCAGGAGCUCAAGGAUUUUUUUACUGAUACACGGCAUUCGUCGCACGUACACAGGCUACGUGCAAACCAGAUUGAAGAGAUGACUAUGCCCAAUCUUGACCCACGCGUGACCGCGCCGUCACCACUCACUCAGUCCAACCUUGAUGCAAUGUCGCUUGACGAACCUCCAGCGGCAUCGCCAUCUCCGAUCGACUUAAGAGACUCAUCUGUGUACUACACGCCUCUAUCGGUUGGCGAACAGAUUGAGAAGACUUUGCAGCAUCACCGCCGGCCCAGUCAUUCAGAUGUAGAUGGUCGUCGUGAUGCCUACCCGCAUCACGGGCCCCUGACGGAAGUAGCCGAAGGUAAUGCCUGGGAGGAUGAAGUGCCACCGGCGCCUGAUACCGUUUCACUUCGUACGUUAGACCCGCAGCCGUUGGAGGAUUUCGAGCAGCGCUGGGAUUGA